CAAAAUUUCCCCAACGUGAGGUCAUCGCGCAGGGAGGGAUUUCUCAGACGACAGGGAAACGAUUGCGUUGCUGAAAUUGUAUCGGUAUCGCGAUUCUCCAGUUGUUCCUCUCCGCUGCCAAUUGUCGUCCACGACUCCCCGGGGCUGACACGAUAUCCGAGAGCUCCGGUAACCACAUCGCCUCCCUCCGAUCUCCGAAACCCGCUCCGAACUCCCAGAAAUCGCGAGGCGGUUCAUUCCAGACCGACCACGUUUCCGAGAACACCCUGUGAACAGAUCGGCUUUUCUGCGAGCGUACAGGCGUAAUUCAAACUCCCAAGGACACCAGUCCCGUCGAAAGCCAUGUUGCGGCAAUCCGUUCGGGGCGUGCGACUUCCUCUGAAGGCGUUCAGCCAGCCGAUCGAGCAGGGGGCAUGGAACGGUGCCUGGAAGAGGCUCUUCACUUCCCAGACCAAAAGUCGAGUGUCUUCUGAGCUGUGGCGGUGGAAGAUAGCCCCGUGGCAGGGCCUAUUAGCGAAGCUACGACCAAAAACCUUUACAACGCCCGGUUCGCUCCAGGGUGUAUUGAGGCGCGGGUUCCGAUUUUCAGCGCGGCGCAAGACGGACAAGGGACCUGCCGUUAAGGAAGGCGUAGAAGCAACGGGAUUGAAGGCUCGGCUCAAGAAGCUCAUCAAGGAGUAUGGCUGGGUCACCCUGGGCGUCUAUAUCGGUCUGACGAUUUUGGAUUUCCCCUUCUGCUUCUUGUUCGUUAGGGCUGUCGGGACGGAGGCGAUCGGCAAGGUUGAGCACUCCAUUACGUCCUCCGUUAAGGAGAUGAUCCCUGAGUCCGUCAAGGAGGCCUGGCAUACAGUCUGGCAGUCCUUCAAGAAAGCCGAGACUAAGGCGCUUGGCGAUGGCGAUAUCAGUGAUCGUAUGGAGAUGGCCACCUGGGGCGUCGAGAAGGCUGAAGAGCAGAGCAAAAAUGCAGCCAGUCUCGCAACUCAGCUGGCGUUCGCAUACGCCAUCCACAAGAGUUUCAUUUUCCUUCGUGUUCCUCUGACUGCCUGGCUUACACCCCGAGUUGCCAGAUACCUCCAAUCGUGGGGCUGGAAGAUCGGAAAGAAGAAGUCGCCCUAA